AUGGCUGCACAUGAUAAAAAUUUUGAUGUAAUACCAAUUGGUCACACCUUUUUCUUUAUUUGGCGUGUAAAGCAAUUUGAAUUGGUACCAGUUCCAAAAGAAGAAUAUGGUAAAUUUUAUAAAGGCGAUUGUUAUAUCGUUAUUUGUUGUACGGAUACACCAACCGGUGGCCAUUCAAAAAUGGAAUCAAAACCAAUUUUAAAUGGUCAUGGUUAUUGUCAUAUUCAUUAUUGGAUUGGUAGUGAAUCAACAAAAGAUGAAGCUGGUGUUGCUGCUAUUAAAUCGGUUGAAUUGGAUGAUUUUCUUGGUGGUUAUCCGGUACAACAUCGUGAAAUUGAAGAAUUUGAAUCAAGACAAUUUUCCUCUUAUUUCAAGGAUGGUAUUAUUUAUUUGAAAGGUGGUUACGAAAGUGGCUUCACCAAAAUGAUUGACGAAUUGAAACCAACAUUGCUUCAUGUUAAGGGUAAAAAACGUCCAAUCGUUUAUGAAUGUCCAGCGAUUAGUUGGAAAUCUAUGAACGAUGGUGAUGUUUUCAUUUUGAUUGUACCGAAAUUCAUAUUUGUUUGGACCGGUAAACAUUCAAACCGUAUGGAACGUACAACAGCUAUUCGUGUGGCUAAUGAUUUGAAAUCUCAAUUGAAUCGUUUCAAAUUAUCUACAGUCAUUUUGGAAGAUGGUAAAGAAGUGGAACAAACAUCCGGUGCUGAAUAUGAUGCAUUCAAUAAAGCACUGCCAUUGGAUAAACAAGAUACUGAUCUUAAAAAGUUGCCAAAAGGCUAUGAUUAUGCUGCAUGCGAUAUUAAAUUUGAAAAACAUGAACGUUCAUUUGUUACAUUGUACAAAUGUUUCGAAGGUACCGAAACGAUUGAUAUUUCGUUUGUCAAAAAUGGACCGUUAACUCGGAAAGAUCUUGAUACAAAUGACACAUUCAUUGUGGAAAAUGGUUCUGAAGGUUUAUGGGUAUGGGUUGGUAAAAAAGCUACCCAAAAAGAACGACAAUCGGCCAUCAAAUAUGCAAUGGAAUUGAUUAAUAAGAAAAAAUAUCCGAAUAAUACACCGGUGACAAAAGUGUUGGAAGGUGAUGAAACUGCUGAUUUUAAAUCAUUAUUUGAAUCAUGGCAGAUGACUGAACAGGAAAAAAUUACCAGUGCACGAUUGUUUCGUGUUUCACGAAAUGGUAUAUUCAAAUUGGUUGCCAACUAUGAACAAGAUGAUCUGGAAGAGGAUAAUGUUAUGAUUUUAGAUGCUAUUGAUAAGAUUUAUGUAUGGAUUGGUAAUCAAUUUAAAGAACGAAUUGCCGACGAAAAACAUGUCGAUAUAUUGGCUGAACGAUUUAUACAGGAGGAUAAAAGUGGCCGUAAAUUUCAACCGAAUCAGAUAAUUAAAAUAAAACAAGGAAGUGAAGAUGCAACAUUCAAAUCAUAUUUUCCCAAAUGGAAAUGAAUAAUGAUUUUAUCAACAAUGAUUGUUUAAUCGAGAUAAAAUUUGA